UCGAUAACCUUCCUCAACUUUGAUAAUCUUCCUCAUCAUCCUUGUUGAAUGACAGCAAGUAUCCAGUAGCCGUCUCCUGACUCUUCCUCCUGACAUUCUAGAAGAAGAAGACAGCUCUACUUCCCUACAAAGGAGCUGGGCGUCAUAGCCAUGAAGUAUGUAUUGUACCUCUAUCUUCUGGGGAUUGUAUUGACCCUGCUUUCCAUCUUCGUUAGACUGAUGGAGUCACUGGUGACCUUGUUGGAGAGCCCAUUGCCUGGGAUUUUCAGGAUCACUAGAGGUCCACUAGUCAACAGAGCGCAUCCCGAGCGCUUUUCGAGAUCAUCCAUGUAGAGGAGUGCAAUAAAACCUCCCUCCACU